GCCCCAGGAUGUAGGCGAUCGGCGGCAGCGCUCCUGCAGGCGGCCGGCUCAUCAUGAAGAAGCAUUCGGCCCGGGUGGCCCCGCUCAGCGCCUGCAACAGCCCGGUCCUGACCCUCACCAAAGUGGAAGGGGAGGAGCGCCCCCGGGAGCCCCCGGGCCCGGCGGAGGCCCAGGCGCCGGCCGGGGCGGAGGCCGGUGGGAGGACGAGCCGGCGCCGCUGGACCUGCUCUCGGGCCCAGAUCAAGAAGACCUGCUGGAGCGUGGCUGUCGUGCUGUGCGUGUGUGCCUCCUGGGCCGGCUCCACGCAACUGGCCAAGCUGACCUUCAAGAAGUUCGACGCGCCCUUCACCCUGACCUGGUUUGCCACCAACUGGAACUUUUUAUUCUUUCCGUUGUACUACGCGGGGCACAUGUGCAAGUCCACCGAGAAGCAGUCUGUGAAGCAAAGAUACAGGGAAUGCUGUCGAUUUUUUGGAGAUGAUGGCUUGACUUUGAAGGUGUUUUUUACCAAGGCAGCCCCUUUCGGUGUUCUUUGGACACUCACAAACUACCUGUACUUACACGCAAUAAAGAAAAUAAACACUACGGAUGUCUCCGUGUUGUUCUGCUGCAACAAAGCGUUUGUGUUCUUGCUCUCAUGGAUCGUUCUCAGGGACAGGUUCAUGGGAGUGAGGAUCGUGGCUGCCAUCCUUGCCAUUGCUGGCAUCGUGAUGAUGACCUAUGCCGAUGGCUUCCACAGCCACUCGGUCAUCGGCAUAGCCCUGGUGGUGGGCUCCGCGUCCAUGUCCGCCCUCUACAAGGUUCUGUUCAAGCUUCUGUUGGGCAGUGCAAAGUUCGGAGAAGCUGCCUUAUUUCUGUCCAUCCUGGGCGUGUUCAACAUCCUCUUUAUCACCUGCAUCCCCGUCAUCCUCUACUUCACCAAAGUGGAAUACUGGAGCUCCUUCGGUGACAUUCCAUGGGGAAACCUUUGUGGAUUUUCAGUUCUCUUAUUGACAUUCAAUAUUGUAUUAAAUUUUGGAAUCGCUGUUACGUACCCCACGCUGAUGUCUCUCGGAAUCGUCCUCAGUGUACCUGUGAACGCAGUGGUCGAUCACUAUACCAGCCAGAUAGUCUUCAAUGGCGUCCGGGUCAUCGCCAUUAUCAUCAUUGGCCUGGGCUUCCUGCUGCUGCUCCUGCCGGAGGAGUGGGAUGUCUGCUUGAUCAAGCUGCUCACACGCCUCAAAGUGAGAAAGAAAGAGGAGACAGCAGAGGGCGGUGGGGACCUGGGCUCUGGUCCCCAGAGCAGGAGCAGAAGAGCCCGGCCGUCCUUUGCGCGCUGAGGCCACCCCCUCUGGGACUCUGGGGACGCCCCACGGUAUGAUUUAGAGGUCUGUUCCUGACAGAGAAGCCUCAGUUGGGUAAGGUGUACAUACCUGUACAGUUUUGGUAAUCUGCGGUAAGUUCUAUGGUAUUUAUUGGCAUGUCCAAAAUGCUUGCACUUUCCACAUCAGACCUUCCACUUAAGGGUACGAUUCACCACGGAGGAGAAAAGAACCUCUCAGAGCAUCUUCAGUGGGUGUAAAAGUGGGUCAACAGAAGCCUCGCAUGGGUCAGUUUGGACAACAGGCGAG